GAUGAACAGUUGCUUCAAGUCAGACUGAUUUCUUUGUCCAGAGGCUGAGCAGCAUUCCUGCUAUCCAGAAUGAUUAGUGGUCAAUCAUCUUCCAUUUCUAUUCCUCCAGGGAAACCUUUCAUCAGUAAAUCCACCUCUGUAUCUUCAGAGAAGAUGGGUCGUCUCCCCCUGGGGAUUGUUUCUCCCUAUGUAAAAACUAGCUCUGGUGGGUGUAUGGACCCCAUGAAAUUCUACUGUACCAGCUAUGGCACAGCUUAUGGUAAGGACGUCUUCGAUAAGGGAAGGGAUUUAUCUUAUCUGUGGCUAGUUUGGUCAUAUCAAACAAGGAAAGUGUUAACUACCCAAAAGGAUAGUAGGCUGUUCAGGCAUAAUCCCAAUCCCUGGCUUGUUGUUGCAAUAAUAAUAAUAAUAAUAAUAAUAAUAAUAAUAAUAAUUUAUUUAUACCCCACCCUUCCUGGUUCAAAACCGGGCUCAGGGCGGCUAACAACAAAUUUAAAACACUUUAAAAUAAUUAUAAAAGCAGCAUAAAAUACAGUAUAAAAACAUGAAUAACAAUAAAAUGAUGAGAUUCAAGCUCCCAUCAUGUGCAUCAUUUAGUAACGUUUGAUCCUUGAUUGUUGGGAACCCAUGCAAAAUAAAUUGAAAACUUUUGUUAAAAAACCAGAAGCCUUUUUAUGAGGUACCGACAUUCCAAAGGAACAGAAAAGGCUUUUCAUGUAUGCGACAACAGCAGCACGGAUGCUACUAGCCCAGAGAUGGAAAGAAGAAAGAGUUCCUGCCAGAGAGGACUGGCAAACUAAGCUGUGAGACUCCGCUGAAAUGGCAAAACUGACCGGGAAACUCAGAGACCAAGAAGAAAUCCAAGAAAGAAUGUGAAAAGUUUAUAAUUUAUUUAGGAGACCACUGUAAGCAGAUGAAAACAUUGGCAGGGUUUUAACCCCACUUGUAAUGUAACAAAUAUUUUGGACAAUAUGGAUAGAUAUAAAACAUAAGACUAUGAAAUAAUAUGCAGUUGGGAUUUUUGACAUUAGGACCCAUGGAGGGGAUGGGGGGAAGUUGCGAGAUUCAGAGAAAUAUCUCUUUAUGGAUAUGUAUUUGGCAUUGUAAUUAAUUUGCAUUCGUAAAAUCAAAUAAAAAUGAUUUCAAAAAAAGAAAUUAAGUAGCAAACUACAAUGUGCGCUGAACUGAAACCCAAGGCUUGUCUGAUCCUGGUUUUUCAAGCAAGCACAAACCAUGUUUGGAUGAAAAGUUUGAUGCAAGCAUUGGAAGGUUGUGUGGAAGCAAGAAGCCCUUUAGAGGGUUGCAUCUGAAUGUACCCAGAACAAACAACUCUGUUCUAAACAUGUUUGCUCAGGGAGCCACUGAGCUCAAUGGAGUUUUCUAGGCAGUUUGCUUAUGCUGCUACUUCCCAUGUAUUGAGGGAGUUUAUUCCCGUAAUGAGACAGAAUUCUAUUUGGGCAAGAAAUGUGCCUAUGUGUACAAAGCAAAAAACAACACCGUGACUCCCGGCGGCAAACCCAACAGGACCAGAGUGAUCUGGGGAAAGGUGACCCAUGCCCAUGGAAGCAGUGGCAUGGUGCAGGCAAAGCUCCGCUCCAACCUACCUGCCAAAGCCAUUGGACACAGGAUCCGAGUGAUGCUGUAUCCAUCUAGAGUCUAAAUUUAGAGUGAAAAUAAAAUUAAGACUGUAUUCCACUUUUGUAAAAAAAAGAAGAAGAAAAAAAAGAAAAUGAAAUUCACCUGAGAUAUAACUUUUCUCCCAGGCAUAUCUAUGCAGAGGUUGUGUUCUUUAUCUCAAAGUGCUUUGUCCCUGCCUGGUUGCCAAGCUGCUUACCUUCUGUUAUAGGCAGUGUCUGCAGUGCUGUAAUCUCCUACUUUAACUCAGUUGGAAACAGUGAAACAUGUCCCUGUUUAAACAACAAGCAUCACUUGAGUCAGGCCCAUCCAUGUUCCACUACUGCUGCUGCUUCCUACUACAUCAGCAUCGUGCCCCAAUUUGACCACACUGUAGAUACGCAUGUGCUGGGCACACAUGUAACAGGGAUGCCUCGAGUUAGACACAUUUCAUGUCAGAACCCCUUACCACAGCCAGGGCUGAGGUACCUGUGCCCUCCAGAUGUUGUUGGGCUAUCAGCUCUAGUUUGCAUGGCCAAUAUCCAGGGAUCAUGGGAGUUGUAGUCCAACAAUGUCUGGAGAGCCACCAGUUCCCCAGCCCCAGCUUGAAGCUUAGGUAUUAUCAUAGGCCAAAGCACCAAAGAUUACAAGAAUGUUCUUGGAGAAGCCCCACCCCUUCCCACCUUCUAACCUGCAUGAAGCUUCCAUCCUUCAGAAUUGAUUCUUGCAGUGGCUUUUGCAGAGAGAGAAAUGGCAGUGAGGCCUCCUCUGUCAGCUUGGCUGGCACCAAUUUCUAUUUGCCUUUUUUCCUACCAGAGUAGCUUCCAUCUGGAGCCAUCAUACCUGGUGCAUUAGGGGGAAAGGUGAGGACCCCUUUAUCAGCCUAGCUGAGACAAACUACCAUUUGGCUCCUGUCCUCCUGGAACAGCCACUAUUUGCAGCUGCCCCAUGGCAUCUCUCUUGAUUCGGUUGGUGUCAACUGCCAUGUAGCUCCUCCACUCCUCUGCUGUAGUGAUCUUCCUACCUGAACAUUAUGUAACACCUCGCUCCAAUCAUGCAAGAGUUAGUAUACUCAAAUUCGCUUGGUUUUCCUUUUCCUUCCCCAUCUCUUUCCUUCUGUGUCAUGACAAUUAGAUAAAAAAAAUUGUUUUAAAAAAAUUGUCCAGUAGCACAUUAUAGACCAACUAAGUUUGUUCUGGUGCAUGCACACGAAAGCUUAUACCAGAACAAACUUAGUUGGUCUAUAAGGUGCUACUGGACAAUUUAUUUUUCCCCGACUGCGUCAGACCAACACGGCUACCUACCUGAAUCGACAAUUAGUUAUUACUUUAUAUUGUAAACUGUAUUGAGUGUGCAGUGGGAAAACAGUGCUUUAUAAAUGCAGUAAGUAAGUGAAGAUAUAAAUAGGCAAUACAAAUCUGCCAUUGUCUCCCUUUCCUUUGCCAGGUCAAGCAGGGUUUCGUCCUCGGACUAGCAUCCACUCUGGAGCAGGAUAUAAAACCAAUUACCGUCCCGUCGUCCACUACAAGCCAAGCCUAGACAAAAUAGAUAAUCCAACUGUGGGGUAGGUAUUGGUCGUAUACUUUGUGGAAAUUAACUGGGAUGGAUCAGAACAGGGAAACUGUCUUGUGGUUUGCAUACCACCCAACCCGCUGCCCUCCAGACGUUUUGGGCUCCAGCUCUUACCACCCUUGAUGAUUGGCUGUGCUGGUUCUGGCAGGUGGGAGCUGUAGCCCAGAGCGUUUUGGGUGUACCAGAUUGGGGAAAGCUGUGAAACAUAAUCACAUCCUCAUAAUGCUCAUGUCACCUCUGAGUCAGUGACAUGCCUGCAUUUGCUUUACUUGUACUCCCUCAAAGCACAAUAACAAAGUCUAUGGCAAGGCAAAUGCAUUUGGCACUUUACCGUGGUAUCCAUAAUGAAUGCAGUGUAGAUGACUGGAAGGGCCAAAGACAGUGUGAUCUUUUGGGUUGCCUAGACUAACGCAUCACUUUAGGAGAUAGAAAGCAUGGCUGUACAAUUCUAACAUGCCUAAGCAUGACCUGAUUAAAAUCCACUGUGUCUCUUAAGUUCAGAUGCUGUGUAUUUAGGGAAGCUUUUAAUGUUUAAUAGACUAUUGUAUUUUAAUAUUCUGUUGGAAGCCGCCCAGAGUGGCUAGGGAAACCCAGCCAGAUGGGUGGGGUAUAAAUAAUUUAUUAUUAUUAUUAUUAUUAUUAUUAUUAUUAUUAUUAUGUCUCUCAUGCUUAUUCUUUUCUCCGAAACCAGGAAGCUCCUUCAGGACAAUUAUGAAUCGACAACAACCAAGCACUUCCAGCCUCUUGAGCUCCCAGAUGGGAAAUAUCCUCUUCCCUGGAGUGUGUACCAGCCAGGGAGUGGGUAUGUUCGAGAAAAACCUCUUUCUUUCCCCACCACUAAAGAGGUAAGUAUACCAAACCUAGGAUUUGCCUCUGCGCGGUGGAUUGUUGUGCUAUUGAACAUGCUUGUAAUGCGCCAAAACUAUCACCUAGUGCCAUUAAUAAUGGCUUGGGCUGUUUCUUCAGUUCAGGAAGGCUGGAGCUUGGAACUUCAGCAAUGAGGCAGCUCAAAGUCCGACAUCCAUCUAGCAAGUGGCAAGGCCUUGAUUUGAGCAGCUUCUCCAUCCUUCUGAGUCACCUCUCCAAGAGCCUGCAUCAUAGCUUUUUUCUGGGUCAUAGCUUUUUUUCUUAAAGGGGCCAUGUGCCUGAUAGUUACCAUAACUGAUAAUGCAUACAUGAAUCACCUGCGUUGUGAAUUUCAAUCUGAUGUAUCAACACAAAACUGUGGCAGUGCAUGUGUGGAAGGAGGAUGUUUUGCAAGACUAAAUUCUGAGCAUUUAGGAGUCAUUCCAUUCCCAGGCUUCUCUCUAUAUAUCCAUGAGGUCUAAGAGAAUCUACUGUGAUGCAGGGCAAAACACAAAAGCCAGGAUGUAUAAACUGAUGUGAUCUGGCAAGUGCAUCUGAGGAUCCAAAACAAACAGAGCUUCAGAAAUACAAGAUGUGAAGAGGAGUCACAUUUUGGUGGUACAAGGAGCCAGGAAGAAGUUAGUAGGUGCAGUGCAAUCCCAUAAAUGCUGGUGUUCAGAAUUAAGUCACACUAUGUUCAGUUUAAAUAUGCUUACUAGCCCCAUUAAACACAGUAGAACUUGCUUCUGAGUAAAUGCCCAUAAAGUUGUGCUGUAAUGUGAUACAUUUAUAGAUAAAGGCACCACGUAAGUAAGUUAAAGUUUGGAAUAUGGAUGGUUAUGGGGCAGGAGUGCAUAACGUACAUUAAUAUUAGUGAUCCAUUCAUAGCCUUUGAGAGUCAGAGUGGACAUUCCUGAGUCACAUAUGAGGCUUGCUACACAGACUAGUAAUCAUGGGUGAAGCUCGAUAGCCUAGGGUUUUGUUGAGACAGAUUAGUGGGGUUUUCAGCCUAUAUACUGUUUACCUACCAGGAUAUGCUUUUACUAGACAUAUCAGUAAAAUAAUGUUCUGCACCUAAAGGACUGGGACUCAUUAAUGAAUUGUUCUAAUUAAGAGCAGGAUGGAGCUAAGGAGAGCUGCUGCUGGUGUAUGUGUGUGCAUGCCAAUAUGAUUGUGAUCUGGAUUAUAUACCAAGUGGAACAUGUUGUGGUAGAAAAGAGGCAUUUGAACAAGGAUUGCUUCCUUUUAAACCCAGACACUGUGUUGAGAACAGUUUAGCUAUGUGAGGCAUUGAGACUUGGGAAGUGCACAGUAGGACUGAGCCCUAGUAUCUGCCAAACCCUGUUCCUCUAUAAUUUCAGAACUGCUUUACAGUUGUGUGAAUACUAAAAGCAAAGUGUCUCUCUUUUGAUUUGCCUUAUAUAUUGUGGGCUUUCAGACCAUGUUUUUCAAAGCAUUCACUGCCACAGGAAAGAUUAAAACCUUUAUUCUGUUGGAAACACAUAAGCUGAAAUUCUCAUUAUUUUGUUUGGAAUGUAUAGGAAAAAGAAGAAAUGAAUGAGAUAUGUGAGCAUGAAGCCUUGUAGCUUCACUGACUGACCUCACUGGCUUCCUAAUGUUUUAAUUAGAGCUGUGAUCAAGGGCUCAGCCAUGACGAUGACUCCCUACCACUUCUGAGAAGGGGACAGAUACAAGAUGUUAUAUAUGUAUUUUCCUGCUCUCUUUUGACUGUUCUUUCUCCUCCCUUCUCAACAAUAGCCCUGAACAGUAUCACUUCAGUUCUGGUAUUUGUGGUAUCCAUACUUAACUUUCCAAAUUGCAAGCUGGGCUUCAUUUUGCAGGUCAAGAAAGUCCAUUUUGACACGGCAGACCAGGGAGCCCAAGCUAUAACAGGGUUGGAGCCUAAACAUACCCCUGACCUGCACAAGUUGUAUGGAAGAGGUUCUGUCGAUGUGGAACAUGCCAGACAUGUGAGUCAGCUGCUAGUUCAAUGGGCCCUUCCUCAUUUGACUUUAGCUUAGGCAGUACCUGAUCACAGAAGAGGUAUAAAGGGGAGUUUUCAUUAGAACUCAGGGCCAGAACGUCUGGCUUCUUCACACAGUGCGUAAGCUAUUGAACUUGCUCCUACUGUAUAAGAUGUAGUGACGACUGCCAAAUUGGACAGCCUCAAAAGGAGAUUAGAAAAAGCCACGGAGGAUAAGGCUGUCAAUGGCUGCUACCAGUCCUGAUGGCUAUGUACUACCUCAGUUAUCAGAGACAGUAUGCCUCUCAAUACCAUUUGCUGGGAAUCACAAAUACAGAGAGUGCUGUUGCACUCAGGUCCUGGUGUUGGGCUUCUCAUAGGCAUCUGGUUGGCCAGUGUGGAAUCCAGGGUCCUAGGUUUGGCUCUUAUAUCCACCACCAGAUGCAGUAAAAUAAAAGGGGAGUUUCCAUUUUAUGCAUGACUUUCCCUACUUGUGUCUUCAUAAUCCGCAAUGGGGGGAAAUAUUUUUAAAAUUGUGGUUGCACUGCUGCUCACAGCAAACCUGUUGAAAACCAAUAUUUUAGCAUACAGUGAAAGUAUUGGCAGGAAAAGCUUGACUUUCCUGGGUUACUGCAAAACCAAGUACCUUUCCAUAUAGAAAGUGAUCCGAUUUUAUCCUCAUAGUCCUCAUUUUCACUCCUGAUCUAAAGCUUGAUUCACAUAUGCCUGUCUCCUUGCUUGAUGACUUGCACCAGAAGGUGUGAAUUGCCUCCAUAGAAAAGUAUUGUCUGUGGUGAUGUGAGCUAAUAGGAAAGCUCCAGUCUGCAUUCUUUGAUCUGUGAAGGUUGUUUCACACCUACAAGUCAUCACUCAACAUUUCAAUCAUUGAGCUAUGAACAAGCGUGAUGUCAUCCUAAGGUGGUAUGUAUGGGAGAGGGGGAAAAGUGUGACAGAAUAAAAUGCAGUCCUAGAAUAGUGAAUUGACAAGGGAUGGUAUAGCACACUGGUCCUUUACCUGGUAGGUCGGGACCCAUUCAUGGGGCACGGCCUGAUCAAAAGUGGGUCAUAACAGGAGCACUACUACCAUGCAAAGAUAUGUUAGAGAUUUAAGAAAUGGAUCCCCAGAUGCAAGUUUGGAUUAAAAGGGGGUCCUGGGUACUCAAAAGGUUGAAGAUACCUGGCAUAUUGGUUAACAUGUUAGAAUUUGGCUGGUGAAACCUGGGUUCACAUCCCUGAUCAGCCAUAUAGCAUGACUUCAAUCCGACACACAGUUACCUGGAGUAAGCUCCAUUGAACUCAGCAAUUCUUGUGCUGGAUGCAUAGGUUGAAUUUAGGGGUGUUUUGCUGCCUGAAGGGAAACAGGAAGGUGCCACCCUGUCACUGAAACCUCCCCUGUCAAAGCCUCUCUUACUUAGGUUGUGCAGUGGUGCCCACAAAGCAUCAGAGAUGGUGGUGGGUCCUGAUGAGAUCUUGUGGCGCUCUUGCAAGAUAUUGCAGACUGCAUGCAAUUGACUUUUGUGAGAUUGCACAAGAUCUUGUCGCUGCUGCUGUCGCUGCCAUCACCGCUACACUAGUGACAGUGGCAGGAUGGGUGGGGCACUAGCCCUGUUCAACUUGUAAAUGCAAUCUUUAGCUUUUCAUUAGAAAUGCAAAACACACACACACACACACACACACACACACACACACACACACACACACACACCAUUUGCUAUUCAAACUGCUAGGGCAGCAUAGGAACCCCACCAAAGAAAAGUCUCUCCUUGAUUAUUUUCCUUAUCCUCUGACUUCUCCAAUGCUAAUCUGUCACAAAUGGUAGUAAAGCUUGAAUCAGAGCAAGAAGGAUUGUGUCCAUUACCCUGGUACUUCAUUGGCUGAAAGAGGCUGUAAGCUUUAUACCCCCAGUUUCCCUACAUCACUGCUUAAAAUGUAGAAAUUGACAUAUGGGGGCAGAAUAGACCACGUGGAGGGAAAUGGCGCUACAGGAAAACACGGGAAGAAUAUGAGAUUAUUCCAAUUGUACCUGCUUAGUCUUAGUUACAGUUUAGUGUAUGGGGAGCAGGGGGUUGUGCUUCCCAGAAAACAUGGGCUUUGAGGAAGGGUUUGCAGGAAGUGAGAGAGGUGGGAGUUCCAGGCGUAAGGAAUAGUAAACAAUAAAUGAUAAAGUCAUGGGAGAGAGCAAUAUAACUUCGGAAAGCUGAGAACUGUAACCCUAGGAAUAAUUGGUCUGCCCUUAAACAGAGAAGUAGAUGUGGAACACUGCAUUGGAAACCCUACUGGCAGGGCAAGUAGGAGACUCCAUCUGGAGCAUUUGGUCUUACUCUCCACUGCUGUUUUCAUAUUUGCAGGGACCUCACUACAUGUCCACAGAGUACAACUCAAAGUACCGCUUCAACAUUCCAGGACAACCAGGUAAUUGUUCUUCAUAGCUGACAGAGCUUCAUCCUCGUGCACAAUAUUGAUACUCCACUCAUAAGAAAGGGAGCUGUCUGCUUAUUCAUAACAAUCAACCUGCCAAUACUGUGGUCAGGGAUGAUGGGAGUUGUCAUUCAACAACAUUUGGAGGGCCAAAGGUUCCCCACCAUUGGUUUAGAAGGGGGUAUUUAGGCAGCUAGACAUCACAUCAAAGUGAUAAAUGCUUCUUGUGUUUCUCAUGUGACAUUUUUCAGGGAUGUAAUGACUGGUGAGGUAUGCCCAAGACUAAGCACACAUGUCUCAUCUAAGUAAACAAAGUCAUGGGGCCCUCCAGAUGCCAUCAGACUACAAUUCACAUCAGUCUGACUUUUGGCUAUUCUGUCUGGGACUGAUGGGAGCUGGAGUCUGACAACUGGAGGGCCACAGGUUCUCCAUCCUUGCUCUAAGGAUACUUGAAGUCCAUGGUUCUGUUAAGAAGCCACUUGUGUUUGUUCAGUCUAGAUGUUUCAUUUUGUAUCCAGGCACAGUAUGGUUUUCAGGAGAUAGGCAGUCUUUAAACAAAAAGGGAACACGAGAAACAGAUUCAGUUUGAUUCAAAGAAGCUGGUCACCAUCUACUAGAAAAUUAAGUGUUCUUAGAUCUGCAUUAAAUUGUUACUUUACUAUUAAAAAUAGACCAGAUAUAAUAUAGUACCACUUUCACAAAGGUAGCAUCCUGAGAUAUAUGCUUGUCCAGUUUUCUUAUUCUGUAUUUAUGUAAUGCUGCAAUACGUCAUUCUCACCUCCGUGUUCUUUGAAUUUAAAAUUCUUUUAAAUCCAUAUUUAGGAAGUUAAAGCAGUAGUCUGGACUAGAUCCAAAUCACAAAUAACUCCCAGCUGAAUUCUUUUUUUCAAAACGGCUGCACAUAUCAAUAUUGCCACCCACAGUCUUCAGAAAUUUUUAGAUUAAAAUGUAAAUUGGGGUUUUUGUUUUUUGCCUUUCCCCCCUAAAAAUGUUCCUGUGGGGACGCUGACAUUUAAGUCAUCUUCUGCAACUUGGGGGGUGGAGGUUAGAGAUUUUAUAAUGGAAGUCUAACUUGGAAUUCUUGGGACAGCUUGUCACAUUUCAUGUGCAAGAUAUAAAUGCACAAAUCACUCUCAUGUCUGAAAAUAAAUUCACAUUGAAGGUGGCAGUGAAAAAUUGAUGCAGCUCUCUGAAAGAAUGUUUCUGUACACUUCAGAAUUUUGCUUUGGAAUUUUGCAGUUCAGAGGCCUUCUUUCUAGUCUGUUGCAGAUUUUCAUUUUUGCAACAGCUGUGCUGAAUCUGACCAAAGCCCUUUCCAUUCUAGCACAGCCUACUAGAUGCCAAUGGGAAGCUCACAGCCAGAACAUAGAAUCACAGAACUGCAGAGUUGGAAGGGACCCUGAGGAUCAUGUAGUCCAACCCCUGCAAUGCAGGAAUCUUUUGCCCAACAUGGGGCUUGAACCCACAAACCUGUCCAACUGGCUGAACUAUCAUGAGUAGCCCUCUCCCAUUUGUGAUCCCCAGUAAGUGGUAUUCAGCACCAUACUGCCUCUGAUAUUGGACAAAAUAUAGGCAUCACCAUACAGUGGUGCCCCGCAAGACGAAUGCCUCGCAAGACGAAAAACUCGCUAGACGAAAGGGUUUUGCGUUUUUUGAGUCGUUCCGCAAGACAAAUUUCCCUAUGGGCUUGCUUCGCAAGACGAAAUGUCUUGUGAGUUCUUGCGAGUUUGUUUCCUUUUUCUUAAAGCCGCUAAGCCGUUAAUAGCCGCUAAGCCGCUAAUAGCCGUGCUUCGCAAGACGAAAAAACCGCAAGACGAAGAGACUUGUGGAACGGAUUAAUUUUGUCUUGCGAGGCACCACUGUAUUUUCUAUAGUGGUCAUCAUCACUUGCUACAUUAGAUUACUUCAUAAUAUAGGUAUGUGCAUUUUAGAGAAAAGUGUACAGCUGAAAUUGUAACCCCACUAACCCAGGUGUAAGCCCCACUGAAUUCAAAAGGACUUUCUUCUGAGUAUUGUGAGAUUAUAUAUUGAGUCAUUAUAAACUACGGAGGAUAAAACUCUCAACAGAUGAUAAGGCUCUCAGUGGUUACUAUAUUCAUGAAGGCUAUAUAUUACCUCCAGGAGCAAAGGAAGUGUGUCUCUGGAUGCCAGCCAGUAGGGAACAGCAGGAGGAAGCUCUUUCCCUCCUGUCCUCUUUGUGAGCUUUCCAGAGGUUGGCUGCUGUGAGAAACAGAUGCUGGACUAGAUGGGCCUUUGGGUUGAUUCAGCAGGGCUUCCACUCCCACACCAAUGCUGCAACUGCCCACCAAUCACUAUGAAAUUCACCACUGAUGUUCCCACAGUACCCAUGCAUGAAAGGCAUCAGUCUACAUGCAGCUUGCCUUUCAUGCAUGGGUAGUGUGGGCGUGUCAUUGGCAAAUGUCAUAGUGAUUGGUGGGUAAUAAUCAGUGCUAUUUUUCACCAUGAACCACCUCCCUUGUUCUCUUAGAAUGGCAACGGUGUCCACCUGAGAGGUGCUGGAACUCAGUUCCUGUGAGUUCCGGCUGAAAAAAGCCCUGGUAAUAAUGAUAAUAAUAAUAAUUGAUCCUACCUUUCCCAUCCUACAGUGUUUGUUCUUUUAAUAUUUUAUUUUCAUCUUUUAAACAAUAUUCUUAUACAUUCACAUCAUUUUCAAUUUCUAUGCUUCUGGGAUUACUUAGAUCCCUCGGACUCCCCCCCCCCUUUCCGAUUCCCUCCUUUUUUUUGCAUCUAAUUACAUUUUUCUAAUCCAUUUUAUCUCCUUUUUUACCUUAAAUCAUAUUACAUUAUAAGUGUCAUAACAAUCCUGCUGACUUUUUAAAGUAUCUACAGUUGUCUUUAAGGUAUUCUAUAAUUCUCCCCCUAAUUAUUUUAUCAUCUUGGUGUCUGAUCUUCACCGUCAUUUUUGCCAUUUCAGCGUAGUCCAUCAACAGUGACUGCCAAAAUUGCUACAUUAGCAUUUCUUUCUAAUGCUUGGACUUUAGAAAACUGCAGUCAACAUACAGUGACAGCAGGAACAUCACUGAACCCAGUCUACCCGCUUUGCCACACAUAAUGUGCAAGGCUCUCUGCGUAGUGGGCUGGAAGUAAUUCACGGCCACAUCUUCAGCCACAUUCUGUAGGGCUCCCUCAGACAGGAUCAGAUCUUCUAUCACAGCCAGCACCAGCACACAGCCCUUUUGACAUGGGUAAAACACAAAAUUGCACAAAGGGAAAUUGCCCCUUCAGUCACAAACAACACUUAGUCACCUCCAUUAGCCCAGUGAUUACAGUAUUGGCAUGUAGAACCUGUGAAUGACCGACACCCGCCCUCCACUUGCUUCCAGUAUCAGGGAUUCCCCUCACCUUUUAUGCAACAAAUUUUAUUGCAUGGAUGUGAUGCAUAAGCUGUAUGCAUGGGAAAGGAAUAGUUGUGGCCACAUGGGUAAGGAAAAACAGACGCUACAAGAACAGGAGCGGGAAUGUAUGUGGUGCAGCAGUCUGGCUGGUAGCACAGUCAGAAAGUGCAAUAUAAUGCAGGGAAAGGAGAUGUGAGUUCUUCUCUGGAGAGAUGGAAUUGCUAAAUAUGUUUCUGCAGGUCAGAGUGUGGAAUUAUUAGUUUGACACACCUUUUUAUGCUUCGAGCUAAAUAUCGGGUAAAAUACAGCUCUCACCUUUUCACCACUUAUCUUACCCAUGCCCUCUGCCUUCCUCAGCCAACAGCUUGCUGUCUAAUUUUUGUACUGUUAUGUCGCCACUGCUAUUUACAGAAGUCUUCUGCCUUCUUUCUUCAGUGUGCUCCUUUUCCUCAUGUUAUCACUUCAUCUCUCUUCUCCCCCAAUACAGAUUUCCUGCAGAAGAAGACAAUUGGAGCCAAAGAAGAGACUGGUUUUACUGAAGGCUGCCUGGCAAACCCCAUUAUGGACAAAUCUCAGGUUUCUCCAGUAAACUUUGUAUAUGCUGCUGUUCUCGCCGUGGGUCACAUUAAGCAUUAACCUGCAGAGCCCAGUGGAAUAUGGUGCUCCUACUCUAGUCAAGUUGCUUGUUAGUUUGAACAGUGGAUCGAUCUCUCCUGACCCUUGAGCUCCUCACUUACUAAGGAAUUUGCCCCCACGAGAAGUAGCGAUGGGCACAAACGUGGAUGGCUUUAAAAGGCUAGGCAAAUUCACAGAGGAUGGGGCUAUAAGUGGCUACUAACCACAAUGGCUUUGUUCUACCUCCACUGUUGGGGGCAGUAUGCCUCUGAAUGGCUGUUGCUAGAAAUCACUGGUGGGAAGAGUGCUAUUGCACUCAUGUCCUUCUUGUGAGCUCCCCACAGGCAGCUGGCUGGCCACUGUGAGAACGUGAAUGUCCUACUAGAUGGGCUGUUGACCUGAUCCAGCAGGGCUCUUCAUAUAUUCAUAUGAUGUGAUAGUGCCUAUUCUUAUGUAGCCAAAAAGGCACCAAGCACAUACCCAAAAGAGGUACUAGCAGGCUUGUAAGAACUUCCAGGUUUUCCAGAAACCUAAAAGCACCAAGAAGACUGAGCGUGCUCAGUGGGCAUUGAAUGCUUGCUGUUGAGGGUGGGAGGAAUGGAACGAAGUGUCCUGGAGAAGGGGAUUAUUGGCUAGUAAGAACCCAGAACAAGAGCAUUCUACCCUGCAAUAUUUUGUUACAGGUUCCACUUUUCCUGUACCUGAGUUUUGGUCUGUGGGUACUUUGCUUUUAAGAGAGGUUAAAGGCAAAAGCAAAUCUAGUUUCUCUGUACAUUUAGCCACGAAUGUUCAAGUGCAGCCCAUAGGUCCUUGCAGUUUCACUAUAGCAGGAAUAUGAUUCCAUGCAAUUAAGGACAAAAUACCACUAGUUCAACCCUUCCCAACCUGGUGCCUUCCAGGUGCUUUGGAUAAAAACUCCUGCCAGUCCCAACCAGCACAGUAUCUUGGAAGGCUGAACUAGUUGCUCCUAAGACAGGCUUGCCUGCUCCCAAGUAGAAGCUGUAAUGGAACCGGUGCUUCCUUUUGUCUACUUUCCUCUCUCUGAGUCUCAGUACUUGUCUUCUGCUUUGCAGAGCAGCGCUCCAGGAGUCAGCAUUACCAAGACAGAUUAUCUGCCAUCUUCCUUUCCACAUGUAAGGAGACCAUUUGUAAUAGGGUUGUUAGUGGUGGAGACCUGUAAAAACAGUUGAAGGGAUGUGCUUUGACAGCAGGCAAAAGUGCCAUUUUCCCCUUCCUGUAUUUUCUUUUGUUGGCUGUUUGCAUGUGAUGGACUCACCGUUAGUAUGUCCCCCUCCCGACAGGGUGAUGAGUUCCUACCAGUCCUGUCAAAGGGUUCUGAGAGGGGAUCUGGAUUCAGUCGGCAGAAUCUUGGCCGUACCCCAGUAAGUGACACUCCAUUAUCACCAGAAUACCUGUCCUGCUUCCUUUAGUACAUUCCCUCUGCCAACUGCUUUCCCUACUUACACAAUCUCCCUUCACUGCUCUCUCUAGAAGUCUCUGCCACUCUUUCCCUGCCAGCACCUCUCAUUUCCUUUUAUCUACAUUUUCAUGUAUCUUUGCCUGCCGUGACCUAUUUUUCUACCUGCCUUUGUUCUUUAGGCCCUUUUCUUGCUUUCUCUGGGAUUUGUCUUCCACUGCCAGAGUCCGCAAACAGAAGCCUCUCCUGAGUCUCUGCUUGUUCCUCUUACUACCAUCCGUGGGCUAUCUUACUCACAGAACCUUCCUCAUUUUGAUCCCAGUCUUCCUUGUUGCCUCCCUUUCUUCAGUAACUCCUACAACCUGUGGUGGCUGGGGCAUGUUGGGAUUGGUGGGGAGGAAGGCCAGGAGGCCAACAGUAGGCGGUAGUCAAGAGCCAAUGACAGGCAAGCUGAGACAAAGGAGGAAGAAGCUGACAGUCAUUGCCUCCCCAUGGACUGAUUGUGAGGAGGCAGGCAAGGUUGGUGGGGCCUUAAUGGACCAGCCUCCACUGCCCACAAUGGUUCCUUCACUCAUGACCUUCAAUCUCCACAGACGGUUCCACCAGAUGUAGAGGCACCAGGUCCCCUGAGCCACUCUCAGUUCCAAGGGCUUCAGCAUCAACCUCAGACACAGAACAAUCUUCUAGGUCGGGAACAAGUGGGUCACAAGGUAUGCCUGAACUACAGUCUUAAGGCCUUACGUCUUCAUAAUCUGUUGGGCACUUUGCUCUGCUCCUAUGGUACUAGACCCUUACUCUUUUCAUGGACCUCUCUAUGCAGGAACCAUCAGGAUUCAGCCUCAAUAACCUUAAAUAUGUGACACCUGCACAUGAUCCAGAUCUGCCCAACAGAUUCCUGACUAGCUAUAACUCCAAGUAAGUUUGACACUGGUUGGCCACCUGUGUUGGGAGAAGUAACAUUCCCAGGCUAUGUCUUGUUGUUCAGGUACCAUUUUCCUAUCUCAGGAGUCCCCAGACUAAGGCCCGCGGGCCGGAUAAGGCCUGAGGGACCCGUUUAUCCAGCCCGCGGUGACCCCUGCUGCCCACUCUUACCGGCGCUGUGCUGCGUGGCUGCCCACUUCUGGGUUGGAGCACCAGAAAUAACUUGUGUGCAUGCGCGUUAUUUCCAGAGCACAUCCAGGUUGGAGGAGGCCCAUGCACAUGCACACAAGCUAUUUCCGGUGCUCCUCCAACCUGGAAGUGCGCUGGAAAUAGCAUGUGUGCACGCGCUCCCUCGCUUGCCGCGUGAUCAGCGCUGGAGACACUGGCCCGAGGCACGGUAAGUUUGCUGACCCCUGUCCUAUCUGCAUAAAAGCCUUGCAGGUCCUUUAUCCUUCAGGUAUUUUUCAUGCAGUGGCUUUAGAGAGUGCAUUGUGGGAGUACUGGAACAGCAAAGGUUUGUGCAGCUGUUGGGCCUGUUUGUGUGGAUGGCGUGUACUGAAACAGAUACUUGUAGAAGUGCAUUGUUUGCAGGAUAUAUACACACACCUGAUUUUGUUUGAGGGAGAACGGAGGCAGCAGGUGAGUUCGACUACACGUGGAAUAAUUCAUCCUUUCUCUCAAUCAGGUUUUAUGAAAACAUUCCAAAGGGAGUGGAUAGGGAAGGCUGGACACGAGGAGGGAUCCAGCCACAGCAGCCUGGUGGUUUUGCUACUAACAACCAUGCCACUGACUUAGGCACUGACCCCAAUGCCACAGAGACCUUGAGGACAAUCCAUCCUCAUGUUGGCAGGUAAUCUUGGAUUUGUUGUAGCUCUUCUUCUCUGACCUUCCUUUACUGUAUGAUUCCUCUUUCAAUCCCCUGUUUUCCCCAACUGACCUUUCUUUUGUAAUUCUUUCUCCUCCUACAUUUCAGGACAAUUACAACAGUUGAUCCAUUCUAUCGUGAUUCUCCCCAUGACCGCCGCUUUGCUGCUCUCCAUCAGACGACUGUGCCCAACUAAGUAAGUGACAUAACCCAUUGCAUCAUUGGACAGUAGGCUGGCAGUAUCGAGCACCUGAGAGGUACCUGCAGAGUCAAAAGGGCAAUAUUGUGUGUUAUGCUGUUUUAAUUUGGCCACUGUUUGGAAACUGGAGUCUAGAGCUUCUCAGGUUUAAUCAAACCAGACGGCCUUUUUAUUGGGCACUCAUUCUGAUUUGUUUGCAGGGAGAUUAGUAAACAUUAGUUAUUUAAUGAGCUUUCACUCUGGUGUUCAUUGAGAGGUUAGAUGACAUUGCAUCCAAGCAACUGUUAUCCCAGUUUCCAGAACAUUUUCCCUCAUCACUUUUCUUAUUGUAAAAUGUCUGAUCUUUUGGGGAAGCAGGUUUCUUGUGUAAGACCUCCCAAUCAACUAUAUGCAUGCAAUCUGAAUUUUCUGGUAUAUGAUUGGAUCCCACCUGAAAAUAGUGACAGACUGGAAACACCUACGGUUUUAUGGAUGAAUUCCAGGAAUACAUACAGACAACUCCAGCACUUUUUUUCUCCUCUGAAAAGUAAAAUUUCAUAGAACCAACUGCACUUUUCCAUACACAGAAAUGUCCUGGAAAUUUGCCAUGGGUUAUUUUUGCUGGGGAAGACAAAUGCGGACAUUUUUCACUUCCAUUCUCUCUGCCUUUCAACAUUAACCUGUUAAGGCUAUUUAUUCAACGAAACUGGUAUAUUGCUUGAUUGUAUCUAAAACCUCUAUGCCGUUUACACACACACACGUUAGUCUAACAUUAAAGCUUAGACUAGUGAUUGAUUUUAGUCUUUCUGCCUCUUUACAGCCUCUGUUCCAAACUGGACCCCACACUGACAUCUUUGGGCCUCAGAACAAUAUCCCGCAUGCUAAGAAAGGAGCAACAGUGAUAGCGCUGUCACAUCAUUCAUAUUUUACUGUUAAAGGUUGUAUAGUUUUAAAUAAAUUCAGACAAUAUAUUGCUGGUAUGGAUAUAGAAAGACCCCUGGAAGCAGAGAUGGAUAUGACUUUCAUGAAGAGUCUGGUGAACUACAUUUAUUCUUCAACUUCUAAACUUCUCAACACUUGUCUUUCCUAGAAUUAGUAUAUGGUAUAAAUAUUCCACUAAUACAAUGGGUGGGUGAAUGCUGUGACCUUGAAACACAAUGUCUUGUGUUGCAAAAGCACAAAUAUCUCCUUCAUAUACAUCUAGGACAUCUUUCUGUUGCACUCUUCCAACAACCCUGCUAUGUGUACACUGGACUUCUUCAGUUCCCAACAACUGUAGUAUAAUAAAGGUUGUGUGUCACUCUGCUGAGACUG